AUGGAAACGUAUCAAACUCAAUUAUUACUUGAUAAUAUCGCAUGUGAUAUUGCAAGAGCUCAAUGGAGUAUUUGGUUUAACACACAGAAUCCAUUUUCAUUUAAUGGAAAUGACAUGGAGGAUUUAAAACAAAUUCAACAACAGUAUCCAAACACUGUCUGUGAUAAUCCAAUAACGGUGGAAUAUGCAUACGAAAAUAUAAAAGAUUCUUUCUAUCACACGGUUGUCAAUUUGAACGGUCUCUUUUGUUCUGGUACGUUCAUAUCACCAUGUCCAGAUUAUCGUAUUAGGUUUUGUUGCAUGAAGAACGUCGAAAGACAGCAAUGUGGUGCCACUUAUAAUUCACCUAUGGUAAUGAACCAUCUUCGAAUUAUAAAUGGUAUUGAAGCGAUACCGCACUCAUGGCCAUGGGCAGUUACUCUAGAAUAUAGGGGAAAACAUGAAUGCGGUGGAGUUAUCAUUGAUCAAUACCACAUACUUACAGCAGCACAUUGCCUCGGUGAUCCAAAUGAUUUAACUAAUUAUAAAGCUAAAGUUGGAGUACAUCAUAGACAAUUUUCUGGUCAAUUAUAUUCAAUCUCUCAGUUAAUUAUACAUCCAUUGUACGAUGAAAAUCAAUGGACAAAACAAAAUGACAUUGGUAUCAUUAAACUGGCACAACCCAUUGUCUGGAGCGCCACUGUACAGCCAAUAUGUCUCACUGAAAAGACUUUGGCGCCACCAUUAGGCAAAACGGUGUUUGUAGCUGGAUGGGGUAAUACAAUAGAUGGUCCGGCGGAUAGCUCAAGUGAUAUAUUGUUACAAGCUCGUUUACGUAUAGUUAAUGAUUGUUCAAUAACGUGCCAAGGUGAUAGUGGUGGUGGACUAUUUUACAAUGAAAACGGAAUAUGGUAUGUUGCUGGUAUAGUAAGUUAUGCACUUGGAUGUGGAAAUUUUCCGACUGUGUUUACAAGAACAAGUGCUUACCUUGAUUGGAUUCAGACGAUGAUUAGAUAA